AUGAUGAAGCUCGCAUCCGUCCUCGCUCUUAUCGGCUCUGCCGCCGCCUUUGCCCCCGCACAACAACAAAAAUCUUCCUCUGCUUUGUCGGCAUGGGCUGAUGAGACCUCUGUUGGAAUUACCGCUCCCAUGGGAUUCUUCGAUCCUCUUGGUUUCUCCCGCGGAAAGGGCGACGAUGUCAUGAACCUUUACCGUGAAUCCGAGUUGAAGCACGGACGUGUUGCCAUGGCCGCCUGCUUGGGAUGGUACUUGGAUGCUGCUGGUGUUCACCCCGCCUUCAACUCGGAGCUUUCCAACAACCCCUUGGAAGCUGCCCAACAACUUCCUGCUGUUGGAUGGCUCCAAUUCGUAUUGGGAUGCGGUGCCAUUGAAUGGCUGGCAGAGAAGAUCAAGGAACGUCCAGGAUACAAGCCAGGUGACAUCUUGGGUGCCGCCUACUGGGUCGAUGACAGCGAUGAAGGCUGGGUUGACUACCAAAACAAGGAAAUCAACAAUGGAAGACUUGCCAUGGUUGCUUUCAUGGGAAUUUUCGUCCAAGCUUUGUACUUUGACAACUAUGGAGACGCCAUCCACGGACCCAGCUCUUUCUUGCCAUUCAAACUAUAG